AUGAUUGAAGGCUCGGCAGAAGUAAGCUCCACGGUAGUUUUUCUCACAGAUGCACGAUCUGAUCUGGAAGCUAGAAGCUCAGAGCAACUAGCAACACCUAAAGAAGCGGCUAUUAAAGGAGCAAAAUCUGACAAUGUACAUACCACAUCCGGGGAGGUUGAGAAAACAAUUAAAGAAGAUGAACUGUCUAUCAAGGUAUCUACUAAACCCGAUGUGGUCACGAAAACAUAUAAAAAAGAGGAACUUUUUAUCGAUAAAGAAGAACUGAAGGGAAUGCGUGAGAGUUUUGAUCUGAAGGUGCGCGAACUACUGCAAAUUAAUUCCGUAGAUGUCACUCAUCAAGACGAACUUGAUAACACCCUGUUGCACUAUGCUGUCAUUGGAAAUAGCUUGGACUUGCUUUCCAAAUUUCCUAAAACCUUGACCACAAAGGGUAAUUUUGGAUUAACACCACUACAUAUAGCUGCACUACUGGACUACAGUGACGUAGCAAGGGAACUUAUGGAUAUGAAUGAUGAUAUAGAAUUAAAAGACAAAUAUGACAAGACGCCCCUUCUCGUUGCUGCCGAAUACGGCAGUUCGAAAGUGAUCGAGAUACUUCUUGGAAAAAAUGCUUGCAUAAAUCAGACGGAUAAUCAGAGGAGAUCUGUUCUUCAUUUAGCAACGAACGCAACGAAAAACAACAAACAAAACAACACAGAUGGGCUUGAACUCAUAUUAACGAAGAGCAGAGAAUUGGAAACAGAAGCAGGAGACCAGGAAUGGAAAUCUAGGUUAUUACACAUGAAGACUGCAGAAGGAAAAACUGCCUUACAUCAUGCUGUUUUUGAUAACAGAAAGGAUAUAGUAACGAUUCUGCUACCAAAAGAUCUAGACAUAAAUGACAGGUAAGUAAAAUUUAUCUGAGUGGCUGCCAUUUAAUGUAAAGUGCCUAUGAACGUGUUUGUCAUUAAAAGGCGCUGAGUAAAUCUUGUAUGAUAUAUAUGAUAUCUCGGUCGAAGUCCCUUAUCUAUUUCUACCGGAAAUUGUAUAGAGAUAACAACAGAAAAUCAAGCUUUUAUUUCGGUCACAAGCGUAGGCAUUUAUGGUACGUUUAUGGAAAAUUUUAUUUGUUUUAUCUGAUAUGUGCUCAUUUUGCACAAUAAAGAAAAUAUUUACCCUGUUCGUGAAAAUGAAAGUAAAAUACCAGCAUAUGCAGAGGACUAUUGUACCUUUCUUGCAUCAACUUUGCAAUUACAAAAAUCAUCAAAAUUUAAUGUAAAAUAAUUUGAAACAUUUCAUCAUUUUCACUUAAGAUGUAAAGUUCAAAUAAAUUUUUGAUUGUUCUUUAGUAUCUUCAAAAUGUUCUUGAAACGGAAGUUGUGAUAAGCUGGUUUAUACUCACUAUCAGAUUUCCAGUUUAAAGGAGAUUUCUCCUCGUUUGUUACACAGGUGAAAAUCGCAAAUUAACUACAUUAUAACUACAGCAUUAGAGAUAGUUUCACAUAAACUUCUUUAUCAAAGGGCCAAUCUGUUUCACUUUUAUAAUGUAAUUUCAAAAGUCGGGAGCUAGGCUAUUGUUUUAAAAGACUAAAUUAUUCAAUGUCUUGGAGAGUAUAUAUUCAUACUUUUUACCUUUUAAAAUAAUUGUUGAAAUAUAAAACUAAAAAGUUAUCGUAGCUCUGGGCAGGUUAAGACAUAACACCAGGAAACUACAUCUUAAUUUGGUAAUCAACAGUCUGGCCGGUACAUAUAAAAGGUCUAUGUACUAGACAUUCAAGGAGGUGAGGCGGCAGAGCCACCAACCGUGGUUCUGCCAACGUAAGUAAAAAAAUACCAUUAUGCCUAAUUUGCUUAAUUUCCAAAUAUGUUAUGUAGAUUUCAUGAAAGACAACUUCAGGAUAUAAAUAAUUAGUUCUUAACAUUUUAUAGUAGCUAAAUAUUAUUUGAAAGAUGGACAUUGAGACAAUAAAACUACUUGUACUAAAAAACUUUCUUUAAAUUAAAUAAACAUCAGAAACGAACUAUUGUGUCUUCAAUCUUAUAUAUGUGUGUGAAAGUUCUACCACAGGUUUUACAAGUCUGGUAACACUUAAGCCAUGUGGCUUUUAGAGGCCAUAACGCUACACUUUUGUUGCGUAUGCCAUAUCGUCGCGCGUUCGUUUGGCUUCCCGGCACUGCCAGAGUCUAUCCGGAGUACGCCGAAAUGCCCCGGUCUUUCGAGACAGGCAAAGCGGUAAUUCAUAGAUUUUCGCAAUUAUUAUAUUGUAUCUGAUAAGCAUUUGGAAGUUUUGGGUACAUACCAGUAAAGGUAGAAACGUACUGCAAGAAAUAUUUUGCUAACUUGUUUUGAACAGACUGCGAUAGAAAAUCAUACAAAAUGAAAAUUUAUAUUUAUAUUUGCAGCUAACGUGGCCAUCGUAGGCCGAAGUGUUUGUUUAUUGAUAAACUGACGAGAAUUAUUUUCUUGCCGAUCAUGUGACCGGCAUAAAACGAAUUGGUCCAUAGUUAAAAUAUAUGAAUAGGAACAUGAAUAUAAUAAAUAUUGGAUAAUAUUUGCAUUUUACC